AUGUCAUUUUCAACAUUGAUCAGAUUACUCAUAAUUUGGACAAAUCCAUUGGUGAUAUUUGGUUUAAACAAUGGUUUAGCAUUAACUCCACCAAUGGGCUGGUCCACAUGGAAUGUUUUUCAUUGCGAUUACAAUGAAACGGAUCUUAUGGGCAUGGCUGAUGCUAUGGUUGCUAGCGGGAUGUUAUCUGCGGGAUAUAAAUAUUUAAACAUUGAUGAUUGUUGGGAAGCAGCGUCUCGUGAUCCAGUUAGUGGAAUGUUAAAGUAUAACGAAACACGAUUUCCACAUGGGAUGUCUGCUUUGGCAGAUUACAUUCAUUCGAAAGGUUUACUUUUCGGUAUUUACACAAGUUCAGGAGAAUGGACUUGUCAAAGAUAUCCUGGUUCGUGGCAGCAUGAAUAUCUUGAUGCAGCAUUAUUUGCAAGCUGGAAAGUGGAUUUUGUCAAAUUAGAUUGUUGCUAUCAAGAUAAUGUAAAAGAUCGUGCAACAGCCUUCAUACGAUGGUCACAAGCAUUAACUUCACAGAACCGUUCGAUUCUUUAUAGUUGUGAUAGUGAUGAAUUGAUACUCAACGAGAAUAAUCAGGAAUUUCCAUCCCAAUGGGCACCUAAUUACUGUAACAUGGCUCGUAUCUGGUGGGAUAUCUCAGAUAAGUGGGAGACAAUAAUGAAUAUCAUCGAUCAUAGUGCAAAUAUAUAUUAUGCUUCAGGACCCGGAUAUUGGAAUGAUCUAGAUAUUCUAACAGUUGGUUUAGGUCGACAAACACUAGUUGAAUAUAUGACACAGUUUUCAUUAUGGUCUGUGAUUAGUUCGCCUUUAAUAGCUGGUAAUGACAUAAGAAAAAUGAGUAAAGAAAUCGGCGAGAUUCUAAUGAAUAAAGAAGUGAUUGCCAUCAAUCAAGAUAAAUUAGGACGGUCAGGAAAUAUGAUUCAUCGUGCAGUGGAUGGCUCGUAUGAAAUAUGGGCAAAACCAAUUUACCACGAAAAUACAUCACAAAUUCAAACAGCGAUUCAUUCAUUAGGCUUCACUCCAUUACCUCGUCAUGCUGUAGUAUUAUUUAAUCGUCGAGAUUCGAUAACAAAUAUUACCUUGGAAUUCGAUGAUUUAUUCGAUCAUCGUUUAAGUCCUCAUCCGCCUACACCUACUUGGACUGCCAGUAUACGAGACCUAUGGCUUCAUGAAGAUUUAGGUCAAUUUACCGAGACAUGGACAGCCACAAAUAUUCCUGGACAUGGUGUACGAAUGAUUACAGUUUUACUAGUGAAUGCCACCAGUAAUAAUCUAUAG